AUGUCUUCCGAUUCUUCAGUCGUCUACCACUAUCUUGCCAUUGGCAAGCUCGGCCGAGGUGAAGUUGUCAAGCUGUUCUUGAAGGACGCCGGCCUCCCUUUCGAAGAGAAGAGAUACCCCUAUGACGAUACCUGGAAGGAGACCAGCGAGAAGCUCCAGAGUCAGGGUAUCACCAGAACUGGACUACUUCCAUCUAUCGAGUACAAGGGCCUUGUUCUGAGCCAGCAUAUCCCAAUCCUCAGGUUCCUGUCUCGUGAGCUCGGCAAAUACGACGGCCAAACGAGCCACGACAAGUAUCUGGUGGAUGCUGUAGCAGACAUCUACAUUGGGUGGAGAGCUGGUUGGGUGUCUAACCUGAGCAACGCAUCCGAGGACUACAAGAACAAGACUGUCCCCAAAUACCACGAUGUUCUCGAGAAGUACUAUUCUGAGCGCGAGGGCCCUUAUCUCCUUGGAGAUGAAGUCAGUUAUGCAGACUUUGCCGUCUAUAUGUCGAUAGAUAACGACACUAGGACCAAGACUAUUCCAUCCAAGCUUCCAGAUGCCCUUCUCAAGUUGAAGGAGGCAUUUGAGAACCGGCCCAACAUUGCUGAAUACAUCAAGCAAGAAUAA